AUGUCUACCGUACAUUCUAUUGGUGAAUCUGAUGAUGAUAGUAACAAACAAGUUACUGAUUCUAUGAAUUGGAAAGUAGUACGUGAAAAUGAACAACAACGAUUAAAAUCAAUAAAUAUAUUAACAAAAGAUGAAAUGAUAAGUAUUGAUCAAUGGUUAUCGAUUUUACAUAAUAUAUAUGAAGAAUUACAUUAUCCAACUUUAUUUCGUGUACAACAUACUACCACUUAUUUCCAAGAAGAAGAAAAGUAUGGUAUGAUCAAGAAAAAACUGAAAUAA